AUGCGACCGCGCCAGCCUCACCGUCAGCGACGUCCUUCACCCCACGCAAACUGGUCUGCCGGCCCCCGCGAUGGUGGUGGGAUAUCAGAGCGCCUUCCCCCUGCGCCUAGUGAUAGGGGGAGCCCUAGGACUCCUCUAGAUGGCCCAUACGAUCAUUAUGGGGGCUACCCCGGUGGCCCUCCUCUUGGGGCUCCCAUUUACCCGAUGCGUCGCUGCAGUGACAGCCCUGGACAUCCCCUUAUGCGAAUGGCGUAUUGCGGAAGGAGCGGGGAGAGAGCGGGUGUUCCUUCGGGACACAGAGGACAUCCACUGCGUUUGUUGCAGCGGAGAAUGCCACAGAGUCCGCUAGAGCAGUUGCAUGUGCAUCAAGAACAGCAGUACCACGCGGACGUACGGAGUAGGCACCCUUCUGCUUGGCUCGGCCGCCGCAGAAGCAGCAGCAGCAGUCGCAGCCGCAGCAACGGCAGCUAUGUGGCCAGUAGAGGUGCUUCUUCAGUCCUGUCUUUGCGACACGGAUCGUUCAUUGAGAGGGACAGGAGCCGGAGCCGAAGCGUUAGCACAAUAAGUGUGAAUGAAGCAUCGGAUUCGCCGCGAGAUGAUGCAGGCUGCUCUUACGAGCAGCAGGAACAGCGCAGACGACGCUCGUGGCAAGAUCGUGCUGGUGGAGCAGCCGCAGCCGCCAGCAGCCGCAGCAGGCCACCCGAGGGGCCAUUCAGAAGAUCUUUAUCGAGAGCAAGUGAUGUCUCUGCUGCGUCUUCAUGUGAAUCCCGAUCACGACGGCGCUGGCACCAGCAGCAGCGGGGGAUGCUGCUACUCAUGCAUCCUUCAGGUCCCCACAGCAGCGGCAGGUGGCAUGCGCAGCAGCAGCAGAUGCUGCAACGGCAGUGCCAACAAGCGUGGCAGCAGCAGCAUCACAUGAUGCUGAUGCAACGGCGUGGCAACAGGUGCAGCAGGAGUGUCAGCUCUUGUCGCUCGGUUUCCCCUAGUAGCAUCAGCAGCAGCGGGAAUCGACCGCAGCAGCAGUGGCGGCGCGACUUAUCACUGGACAGGCGACGGCAUGCGCAGCAGAAGCACAGGAUGCGGGACCGACCAAUGGUAGCAACAAAUGCUGCGGUUGGAGCAGAACUAAGCAACAGGAGUAGCAGGUUGCGCGAUGGCGACGCGAAAUAUAAAGACAACAAGGCAAGUGGCGUCAGGUAUACUCCAAGCAGGAGCAAAUUCCACGGGGACGCCGGCGGGAAAGAGCCACGCGAGGCUACAGCCGGCGUUGCGCCGACGAUGAGAGUUGACGGCAAGCCACAGAAGACACAAGAGGCAGCUCCAGUGGUAGCUGCUGAUGCUGACGGCAGUGGCAGCAGACGUAGCUGGAGCAAAAGUAGUUGUGCUGGCAGCAGCAAUAGCAGUAGCAGCAGCAGCGCAAGCAGUAGCUUGACACGGCAGCCCAGCAAGCCAGAAAGCAAUACAGACGCUACUAGCAGAAGCUUGCGGAGACCUGAAGGCAGUAGCGGCAGUGUUCGUGAGUCGGCUGGUGAGGCUAAGUCAGCAAUAGACAGCAGCAGCGGCAGCAGCAGCAGGGGGAGCACCGCCCCGAUUGACAGGAAGCGCAUAGCUGAGGAACCACAUCUCGCUGACGCGUCUGUCAACCCGGAAGAGCCUGGAAACAGCAGCAGGAAGCGACCUCGCAUAGCCGGCGAAGUAGAGGAAAGAAGCGGCAGCAGUAUCAGCUGCGGUUCCAACAAUGACAUGACGCACAGUAGUGGUAGCACGGAAUGCGAGCCUACCGAACAGUUCCGGACUGCAGCAGCAGCAGCAGCAGCAGCAGUGACGAAGAGGGCAUGCUCAGAAAGUGCCAGAGACGGCGCUGUUGGGGCUGGCGGUAGCAGCACUCGCUGUAGCAGCAGCACCACCAACAGCGGAGUGAACAGGGAGGAGAAAUUGCGUUGGAGGCAACAGUGUUUUUAUGAAUUUAAAGCAGCGCUCAGUAGUAAAACAAACAGUCCAGCAUCCCCAGAAACAACAACGCCUGCGGGUGCUACGCAUGCCUGUCGGGAUGCGGAGGUGCAACAGCAGACGCACCAGCAGACACAGCAGCUGCAGCCGGCUACUGCAACCACGUCGGCCGCUGCUACUCCUCUGAUCAACGGCACACAGCACGACCAUUUCCCUAGUACCAACAAUCAAAGUAGCGGCGGCAGCGAUAAUCAGGCCGAGCCUCCCAUCUCCGGCGGCAGCGGGACGCCCAGCGUUGAGAAGCCUGAAGUGUCUGUAGCAUCAGCUGGGGCUGGCACAGAAGUAAAGGCUGCGCACAGACCAGCUGUAGUACAAGUAGCGGCGGCAUCUCCAGCAGAAGGACCAGCAGCAAGAGGCCUUUCAAAAACGUCAGGAAGCAGAUGGGACAAAUGCCCCGGCGGGAAGGUCAAUGGGUCCUUGCCUCUGGAUUCGACUGCUGGUGGUAUGUUUGCAGCGACACCAGCAGCGCCAACAGUGUGCAACACCAGCAGCAGCGGCCAAACCGAUCAGCAGCGGCAGCAAGCGGAAUCCGAUGAAGAGUACGCAGUGGAUUUGUCUCGCUGCAUCCCGCGGCCCCUGCCUUCGCGUCUGGCGCCACCCCUCGGAUGCUCCUAUGAGAACCACAAAAGGUUCUUGUCACUUAUCAGGAGUCGGCGCAACCUUGGGAAGCAGUGGCGUCUCUCUGUCCUAGAGCUGCACCAGAGGCAGACGGAAUACUUGCUUCUCCGCAUCGACCACACUGCGGCCGUCUUGGCGGAACUUGAGGUGCUGCGACGGCUGCUAUCGGAAAGUCAAGCCACAGCUGCAGGAGGUCAAGCUGCUGAAAGCGGUGCUCGCACUGCAGAGGGAGCUACAGCAGCAAUUUGCUAG